GUAUUCUGGUAUACGAUCAUAUGGUGACCCUCCCAGAAGAAGUCGCGUUUAUUUGGCGUCGUCCGAAAAUACUGUCUUCAAUGUUCUUCCUCGUCAAUCGCUAUCUUGCCCUGGUCGGCAAUAUCUUUGGCUUGUGCAUCGAUUUCUUGCCUGCCGUUUCAGAUGAGAGCUGCUCAAGAUACAUGCUAGUCAGAGAGCUGUUCCUUUUUCUUCAACAAAUCAUCGUUUGCCUCACGUUGACUCUGCUCAUUUAUGCCCUGUACGAUCGUAGCAGACGCUUGCUUAGUUGCAUGAUGAUCAUCGGUCUUGCUCUUAUAGGAGGAGCGUCUGCGGGUUCUUUCGGAAAUAAUUCAAAUGUUGCGACUUACGUUCAAGGAAGUGAUUGUCACAACACAUUAACAGAAGAGACAGCCAUCCGUCAGUGAAUUCUCAGCCAUGUCGCAUGCGAGUUGAUCAUGCCAUCACCUCAUCCACUUGCAGGUUAUGGGCUGGCUUGGAUUGCAGUUUUUAUCUACGAAUUACUCAUAUUUGUCCUCACAGUCUUCAGGACUUGCAAGACUAGGGGAUUUCUGCCGUUCGCUCGAUCCAGCAGAAAUAUCUUUGAUGUCAUAUUUCAAG